AUGGCGCUCCACGGUGAUUCGUCGUCACCGGAAGACGGUGAAAUUGUUGAUACAGAGGGCGAAGGAGAUGAGCCGUAUUCACCAUCUGCCUAUCAUGAUAAUGGUAUGAUUGCAACUGUCUCAACAACAGCUUCGGACCUCAAUGUGGUUUCAUCAAUAAACCAAGAUGACGAAAAGGAAGUGGAUCGUAUCAUUGCUGAAAUGCAGAAUUUUUCGAAGAGUGGACCAUCUGAAGAGGCAGAAAUAUGGGACACGAAUGAGAAGGUGGACGAAGAAGAGUUGCUGCGUCGAGCUUUAAUUGUAUCGGUGCAAAAAAAUAAACGGUUAAAAGAACUGCAAAAAACAACCCCGAAUGAUAUUAACGAAGAGAAUCAUGGUGAUCUUCAUAAUAAGAAGGAUAAAAGUAAUUGUAAAUAUUCAACAACCGAUGCUAUUCAUUCAAAUGCUACUACACAGCAGCAACACGACAACAGACAUUCGAAACCUUCUUGCAACACCAAUGAGCAGUCAACCACGGAUCAUCAAAUCUCUCAGUCGGAACAGCCUUCUUCGUCUAUAUGGGUCCGAUUGGAUACGAGACAUCCGAACAAAACAAUGCGAAGUUCACGUGGAUCGUCAAAAGAUGCAAUGGAACCACUUUUAAUAACUGUUCCAAACAAUCCAUCAAAUGAAACGAAUGUGAUCCUCGAGAAGGAGAGCGCUAUCGAUGAGUCAAAAUCUCACCAAACGAUGUGGUCGGCCGAAUAUGACGAGGCACUGCAUAAUAUUCGAAUGAACUUUGAAAAACAACAGCAGCAACAGAGUGCUACUGCAGCAGCUGCUACCUCAAGUCAGUCACCAGCGCCAAAUGUGAAUCAGAUUCAGCAGCCUGCUAAUUUUACUGAUAAUUACGACCAAGUUGGCAUGGAUAUCGAGGACAGUGAUCGAGAUUCACAAUCGCAUUUGACAGCACCAAAUGAACCGCACGUAAUUUCACCAGCUAAGAAAAUGUCAGUGGAUGAGCCAACAGUUGAUGAUGAGGUUGAUAAGCUCAGAGCUGUUCUUCUUGCACAGGUCAAAAUGAGGAAAACUGUUGAUGAGAAAGCGGAAAUGUUGCCGAUGAAUUUGGAAGAAGGCGAAAUUAGUGAGAAUUCGACGCCGACAUUUGCGAACGAUCAUGAGAAACGUUGUAAACAAUGGAUUGAGAAGCAUCCAGUUCCUCGUGAGCAAUUGUUGCGUCUUGGAGCCCGAAUGAUGCGACAUCGCAGAUCAGUUUCAAGCGAUCGAGACACGGUAGUGCUGAGUGAUUCAUCUGAAGAUAAUUCACCAAAACGUCGGAGUGGAAAGAGGAAAGUGCGAAGAAGUGGACGAGAUAGUGGUGAUCGCAUGACAGACUUAUUGGAUCAGUCCAAUGAACGCAUGGUUGAAGAUUUAGAGAAGUCGAUCACAGAACAUCAAAAACAAAUGCAAACAUUAGAGGGGAAAAUUAGGCAGCGAGAAUCGAGACGCAAUUCAACCAUAUCAAAACGCGAUCGAUAUUUGAAUCACGCCUAUCGUUGUUGUCAAGAAAUUGGUUUUCUUGAGUCUGAACUGUUGAUGUUUCGUGGUGAUUUGGAAACGGUCAAAGCGAAAAUGACAUUCUUGGAACGGGAAUUUGACAAGAUGAAGAAGAAGAGCGAGAGUCGACGCGCUCUAAAAUCGCAAGAAUCCAUUGCCGUUAAGUCGGCCACCCGAAAAGGUUCCAAGUAUCGAGUCAUAGCGAACAGAGAAGAUGAUUUACUACAACGCGAUGAUGACCUUGAUCGAAAUGAUCGGGCACUUUCGGCAAACCAUCCAAAUGACGCAUCGAAUAGCUGUGGCAUGGAUUCAAUGUCUCGGCCAGAAAGCACUCAUCAACAGACAAAGACGAUGAGAUCGUCAACGAUCGAUCGGGUGAUGAACACUGAUCAAGGCAUGGCUGCAAUGAGCAAUGCGAAGCCUAGAAGCCGUUCACAUGUGGACAAUGAAAAUGAUGAAGCAACAAUUGUUGAGCAUAGUGAAAUGGAUGGAAAUGAUUUGGUAUCGGCACUGAAUAAGCAACAUUUCGGUAAUGGAAAUUUUUUUCUGGAAGACGAUGACUCUGGAGAGGAGGAAUCAGGCGAUUUGAUCGAGCACAUUGAGGAGCGUGAUGACAUCGAUGAAAGUGAUGUGCAGCAGCAGCAGCAGCAGCGCAAAGCACAUGAACAAACUCAACAGCUUCGACGAAGUGGCAGCAGUCGUACCAAGAUCGGUUCUGGAAAGAACAAGGAGCGAGAGUUAAUCGGCGAAGAACAGGAGCAACGGAACGAUUCUGAAGCAGUGGCAGCAGCAGCAGCAGCAGCAGCAACACCAGCAGCAGAUGGGAGUGAGCAAAGCGAUCAUGAGCACGACAUAGAGGGCUCGACCAUCGAUGAAAACAAUCACAGUUUUCGAUCGUUUUUGGAUGAAGAUGCCGGGAGUUGGUGUUUAGUGGAUUGUGUGGAUCAAGAGGAAUGCAGCAGUGAGGCUGCUACUGCUAGUGCUGCUGAUGUACAUUCACCAAGUAAUCUGGCGAUGAAUUUGAACAGCGUAAAACAUAAACGACGACAAUUGUUGCCAACAGAAGAAGAAGAAACUAGUGGUCUGAGUUCAACGGAGGACAUGUUGACAGGUCAAGCAGCACCAAUGACGACCGCAAGAAGUACGGCAGACUCGAAUGAUGUGAAUAUUCCAAAGAACAUUACGGCUGUUCAAAGGAAAAUGCCAUUAAAUGAUGUAAGAAAUGUGCAACCAUCGCAACGAUCAAACAAAGAGAAAUCGACAUCGAAACCGAAUGAUAUGCUAGACGAAGAGGCCGUUAAGCAGUUGAAGGAGGAUUUUCUGAUUCGAUUUGCUGGUUAUAGAAUUUGUCCGACCUUCCCGUACAAUUUAAUCACCAACCGAUCGGUAUCGAAUAAACUCGACCCAAUGCGACCGUUAUGCUAUUAUGAACUUCACGGGAUAUGCAAAGAUGAUAGUUGUACAAUGCAACAUGAAUCUGAUUAUUUGAUGUCUGACGAGGAAAUACUGUGUAGUGUGUUCGCGCAUUGUCCAACUUUGUGUCCUGCUGAGAAAAUGUUUUCCGAGUACGCCAAAGAAUUGCUGAACAAGAAGCCGUCAAAACCAGUCGGUGAAUUGGUGAGUGAGUUGUUGAGCGAAAUACCCGAAUCGAAGCGAGUUAUCAAGGCGUGUGAUAUGGCAUCUAGAUAUGAUCCUGAGCCGAGUGUUGAAGAUUGCGACGAAGAAAUAGCGUAUAAUAUAUGGCCAGCUUUGACAAGGUCAGUUUUACAUAAUUCAGUUGACGCCAGUACUUCAGAUAUCGUGGAUUUGAAUUGA